AUGACCCACUCACUUGUUCGUAUUGCUGGAAAGACACAGUCCUAUGACUGGGGAAAAUUAGGUAUGGACAGCACAGUUGCUCAGCUUGCUGCUGCUACACCUGAAUUCCAGACUGAUUCUACUAAACCAUACGCCGAACUGUGGAUGGGAACCCAUCCAAACGCUCCAUCGGUUUUAGUAGAUGAGCAGAUUCCACUUCAUCAGAUUCUCACUCAAGAAACGCUCUCUCCAGCCAUUCAUUCACUGUAUGCUGGCGACCUUCCUUUCCUUUUCAAGGUUCUGAGUAUCCGCAAGGCUCUUUCAAUUCAAGCUCAUCCUGACAAAUCUCUCGCUCAGAGCCUUCAUAGGCAGUUCCCUGACAUUUACAAGGACCCAAACCAUAAGCCUGAAAUGGCAUUGGCCAUUACACCCUUUGAGGCUUUUGUUGGGUUUAGACCCCUUGGUGAGAUCAGUGGGUUUUUGGAAACCUAUCCGGAAUUUGCUGCAGUGGUGGGUGUAGAAGCCACCAAGACUUUCAAGACACAAGUCAGCCAUGCUGGAACAUCAACAGUUGGAUCAGAUGUAGUAAAAAACAAGCAAGCUCUACGGUCACUGUUUAGUGCCUUGAUGACAUGCCAUCCAGCAGUAGUUGCUGAGCAUUUGGAUCGUCUCGUGAACAGAUUGGACAAGGUAAAAGGUGGUGAGGAUCCAUUACCUGGUCUGAUAUGUAGACUCUAUCAACAGUUUCCUCAAGAUGUCGGAUGCUUUUGUACACUGCUGUUGAAUUAUAUUACAAUGGUUCCUGGUCAAGCCAUCUUUCUUGCUGCCAACGAGCCCCAUGCUUAUAUAUCUGGAGACUGUGUGGAAUGUAUGGCUACAAGUGACAACGUUGUGAGAUCGGGUCUUACUCCCAAAUUCAAAGAUGUGGAUACAUUGGUAUCGAUGUUGACUUAUUCCUACGGACCAGCCGAUGCGCAGAUUUUAUACGGUGAAGCUGUUCCUAAUACUCAAUUCACGAAACUUUAUGAUCCACCCAUUAGUGAAUUCGCUGUUGUACAAGUAUGCAUGACCCGUCAAGCACAGGGGGAAGUUGUUGAGAUGGGAGAGAGUGUCCAAGGACCAAGUCUUGCAAUCGUUACAGGUGGAAAAGGAAGAGUUGAAGCUGGAUCUGUAGUACUGGAAGCACCCUGUGGGUCCAUUUUCUUCAUCGGUGCUGGUGUCAGUGUCAAGUACGUUUUACCCAAUGGAAGCAACGAGUUUGUUGUGUAUCGGGCCUUUUGUCAGGUCUGAUUUGGGCGUGAGUUUAUUUUAAAAAAAUUGAAGACUGCCAUUCAUCUAUAGUGGAAAACGCACAUUGCACCCCAAGGCUACUGCAAGUGUUUUGGCUGAAUACGCAUUUUAUUAAACUUUAUAUUGACAGUUU